ACUCUAUCUGCUCAAUUCCUCGCCGAUUCCUGUCUCGCCCUCUAUAAAACCAUCCUCCCCUCCCACUUACCAGAUUGGAUUUACCCGCCCUGCCCUUGCUUUACCUCGUUUCUUUGUCUACAUUCCAGCUGCCAAAACAUAGUUCCCCGGAAAUUAAUAAGAAUAUGGCACCGAGGGCGAAGUCGGCCGUUGCUAAAGGUAACAGUAACGACAAGGAGGUGCAUUUCAGGGGAGUGAGGAAGAGGCCAUGGGGAAGAUAUGCGGCCGAGAUCAGAGACCCAUGUAAGAAAAGCCGUGUUUGGCUUGGUACUUUCGACACGGCGGAGGAAGCCGCUCGGGCCUACGACGCCGCCGCGAUAGAGUUCCGCGGCGCUAAGGCCAAGACCAACUUUCCGUUAGUAUCCGAGGAUGUGGAUAACAAGAAAAAUAGUCAUAGUAAUAACCAGAGUCCGAGCCAGAGCAGCACGGUGGAGUCCUCGAGCCGCGAGCCGGCUCUGAUGGUCGAUUCCUCGCCGCUGGAUCUCAAUCUUGCUCACGGUCAUGGAGGCGGAUCUGGCCCUGCCAACUUAAUAUUCCCCUUCCAGCAGCACCACCGCCAGGCCCCGGCUGUUCAAGUAUUCUCAGGCGGUAUUCCGGCGGCGAACCACAUGAUCUUUUUCGACGCGAUCUUUCGCGCCGGGAUGGCGCAGGGUCAGCCCUAUCAACGGCUGAGUUUCGAUCGCGCUCCCGUGGCGAGCGAUAUCCAUGCAGCGGCCUUCGCCCAUGGGGUCCAGAGCGACUCGGAUUCCUCCUCCAUCGUUGAUUUGAAUCAUCAGGAUCUCAAGCCUCGGAGAGUCCUCGAUCUCAACUUUCCUCCACCGCCGGAAGUUGCCUAAGUUUUUGGCCGUUAAAAUGAAAUGAAAAUAAUCGAUUUUUCCUUUCUUAUCGUUGAUAUGGAUUUUAUUUUUAAUUUCUCGAAUUUAGGGAAGCUAGCAAAAACGAAAACCGAACUCCAAAAUCAAUGAGCAAUAAUCAUAGCUCGAUGUGAAUACUGAUCUCCUUUUUUGCAACAUAGUCAAACCAAUAGUGUUUCUUUCUGUUGUUCGAAAUUUAUUCAGGAGCCUCUUUUGUUUUUCAGUUGUAAUCUCUCGUUUUCGGAAGUUGGUCUUUUUCCCAAUGAAAUUAACCUAAAAUUUUAUUGUA